AUGCAAGAGACAGAAUUGGAUGGUGAAAUGCACAAAUUUACAAUUAAUUUCGAUGAUCGACAUCAAGAACAAGACGAGGACGAAACUGUUAUCGUUGUCGAUUCAGUCAGAAGACCAACAGUUUCAUUACGUUCAUCGUCUGCCAGUCCAUCGAAGAGUCCAUCGAAAAGUCCAUCGUCACCAUCAAGUUCACAAGGAAGUUUGCCAAAAACACCGGAAAAAGGAACAUCGCCAAGUGAUCAACAGUAUUCCCAACAACCAUUAAGUUCUAUGGAUCAAAAUAUUCGAAGGUACAGAACGGCUUUUACCAGAGAACAAUUAUCUCGUUUAGAAAAAGAAUUUCAUCGUGAAAAUUACGUCAGUAGACCACGAAGAUGCGAAUUGGCGGCGCAGUUGCAAUUACCAGAGUCAACUAUCAAGGUGUGGUUCCAAAAUCGUCGGAUGAAAGACAAACGUCAACGUAUAGCAAUGGCAUGGCCAUACGCCAUGUAUGAUCCGGCAAUAGCGGCAACCUUAUUUGCUGCAGCUACAGGAACUUUACCACCACCACCACCGUCAGCAUAUGGAACGACGCAUUUAACAUCCCACUAUCCGGCAGCAGCGGCAGCGGCGUAUUACGCAGCACGUUACUCCCCUUAUCCAAGUUCAGUUUGUCCCCCCACCACAACGACAACCUCCCUCCACAGGCCACAGCCACGGACUGCGGGUUCCUAUCCAACUGCUCACUCACAUUUAAUAUCUCCCCACCACUCACUCUUACCGCCCCUUCACUUGGGCCCACUGGGCGUUCCUAGUGUCGGUAGUACCGCCUUUCAAAACGGCGCACCAUCGACUAAUCCAAUCGACCCAACUACCACCUAUAGGACACCACCGGUGAUUAGUGCCGAAUCAAGUCUUCUUAGACCAACUACGACUUCGCCUAAUUCCGUCAACGAUUUAACCACAGGCUUAACAGGUAGUCCUUACAGAACGCCGAUUUUAUCUAAAUUAAGUCCAGUCGAUUCCGAUGCAUCCAAUGAUUGCGAUUGUACUUCAACUCAAAAACAUCAAAAUCAUCUCGUUACGUCUAGUUCAACACAAUUACUUACUUAUCGAUGA